ACGGACCAACCAACCAACCAGUCUGGAGGAGAGAGGAGAGGCGGGCGGUCAUACAGACAUUGGAACCCGCCAGUAGUGUUGUUGUUGUUGUUUUUUAGUGGUGGUGCGCAGAAGAGGAUGCGCGGUAACACCACCACCACCGCCGUCACCCGCCUGCACCCACUCCCUCACCCCCUCCAGGCCUAGUGUUGUGAGUCAAGAGUGUUGCGAGUGUUGCCAUGGCUGCUAGAUUUGUGUUGCGUUGACCUGAGCUAACUUAACCUGACCUGAUGUGACCUGACGUGACCUGAGGCUUUGAACUGCUGUGACCUCUUUUAUCUUGUAUACGUUUCCAUGAUGAGGAGGUUAGUGAGAUAGAGAUAUAGAGAUAGAGACGCUGGUAAAGAUUGGAGAUAGAGAAAGGAAGAAAGAAAGAAAGAAAGGAAGGAAGGAAGAAGCCAUGAAGGAAAAUGAAGAGUGAAAGAUAGAGAGAGACAGAGAGAAACACUGAUAAAGAUUGGAGAUAGAGAAAGAAAGAAAGGAAGGAAGGAAGGAAGGAAAAAGCCAUGAAGGAAAAUAGUGAAAGAUAGACAGAGACAGAGAGAAACACUGAUAAAGAUUAAAGAUAGAGAAAGGAAGGAAGAAAGAAAAUAAUCAUGUGGAAAACUAGACUGAAACAAAGAUAGAAAUAAAGAUAAGAAAAAAAGGAACCAUGAAAAGACCUAAAGAAUAAGAUAGAGAAAGACGGAGAGGAAGAAACACCAACAAAGACAAAGAAAAACAAAGAAAAAAAACUCAACCAUGAAGAGAACCAAAUGAAGUGAACAACAAAAGAAAAACAAUAACAAGGCAACACAAAUCAAAACAACCCAGAAACACCCAAAGAAAAGGAACCAUGUAGAAGGGACGAGGUGUUGCGUGUUCCUCGUUGUGUUGUGUUGUGUUGCGUCUGGAGUAGAAGAAGGAGAAGGAGGAGUAGGUUGUUGAGUUCCUUGUGUUGCUUAGGCCAUCCUUGUGUUGUUCCUCUCUCAACACCGUGGCGUGGAUCUGAGGCUAGUUUUGUGUUGCUGUGGCUCCUGUUGUUUUUGUGUUGCUGGUUAGUAUUGCACCCACGCCAACACACACGCCUUCACUGUAUUUCCAAGCACAUAUACGUCUUACUAAAUCUCACACGCCCUCACCCACGCCCACAUUGCAAUUCUUAGCACCCACGAUAUUGUAAGCCUUGCACACACACGCCCCCACACCCACUGCAAGUCAGGCACCCACGCCCAGUAUAAGGCUUCACACCCACGCCCAGUCUAAGGCUAUGCACCCACGCCCACUGCAAGCCUAGAUACGCCCACGCCCAUAAGCACAAGCACCCACGCCCGUUUGAAGGCACCCACGCCCACUUCAAGCUUGUCACCCACGCCCGUUUGAAGCUACCCACGCCUACUUCAACCACAAGCACCCACGCCCACUGCAAGCCUAUAUUUCACGCCCGUUUGAAGUCACCCACGCCCAUUGCCAAGCCACCCACCCACCCACGCCAGCAAGCCAGAGCACCCACGCCCGGCCGUUCGCUCGCUCGCACGCCCACGCCAUGUUCCAUGUUGGCGCUGGGGGGCGGACAGCCAUCACCCCGCCCGGCCCCGCGCCACCCACGCCCUCCACGCCACACCCAUGCACGCCACACCCAUGCACGCCCCUCAGUGGCUCGCCCGGACAGCUACAAGAUGCCUCCAGCCUCGACUCCAACGCCAGCGGCCAAAUUUCCUUGUCGUGGGGUGGGCGCUCCCCCGGCAAGGCGUCCCCCUUCCGCGGCCGCACCAUGAAGGAGUACGAGGAGCAGCUGGCCACCCUCAAGAAGGACAACUUCGCCCUCAAGCUUCGUAUCUACUUCCUCGAGGAGCGCAUGGGACAGAAGUGCGACCGAGACGACAAGGACGACCUCUACAGGACCAACAUUGAGCUGAAGGUGGAGACGGAGGCGCUGAAGCAGGAGCUGUACGACAAGCAGGAACUGGUGCGGCAGGCGUCCACGGCGCUGGCCAGCCUCGAGCACCAGUAUCAGGAGCAGCUGGACCACGCCCGCCGCCAGCACGCCCAGGAGACCCAGCAACUCAACAGCCAUGUCCAGGCGCUGCAGAAGGAGGUGGAGAGUUACGCGGAUCAGCUGCAGCAGGGGGCUCAGGGACGCCUCGGGGAACUGACCCAGCUGUGCGGCCUGGCGUUCAGCACGGAGGAGGGGGAGACGGCCCUCGCGCCCUCCGCCACCAGCAACCCUCUGGACCUGUCGGCCUACCCCAACCCCCUGGCCGCCCACUCCCCCGUGCAAGGGGUGUUCAGCCUACCCAGCGUCGGCCCUGACACCAAUGCCCUUAAGAAGUCUCACCCAUCCCUUAUUGCUGAGGAAGAUGCAGCAGGCCGUGGUAUGGAGCAGGAGGAGGAGAAGGAGGAGGGCAGCGAGGUGGAGCAGCUGAGGGAGCGAGUGGUGGAGUUGGAGGGGCGCGUGGAGGAGCUGGAGGAGGAGUUGGCCCAGAGGCAGGAUAUGUCGGUUAUCCUGCAGGAGGACCUUGACAACCUGAGAAAAGAGGUGGAGGAGAAAGUGGAGAAGAUCGGACAGCUGGAGCAGGAGGUGGCGGAGAAGGACGAGAGGGUGGAGGUGGCGAUGCAGGAGCUGGAGAUGCAACACUCGGAGCUGGCCGCCAAGGACCACCUCAUUCAGAGCCUCCACCAGGACCUCCACCGGGAGCCACAUCUCACGUCACAGGUUGAGCCGGAGAUCGAGGUGAAGGUGCAGGAGAUCGUGGAGCGUGACCGCAUCAUCGAGGAGAAGAUAGAGCAGAUAGAGCAGCAGAACAAGAUCCUGGUGGAGAUUCAGAUCACACUGGACGAGAAGCAGAAGCAGCUGGCGGACAUGGAGCAGAAGGUGGAGGAGUCGGAGCAGAAGGUGACCAAGCUGACGCAAGACCUCGAUAAGUCUUGUAAAGUUAUACAGAGCUUAGCAGAGGAGGUCCAUGCACGAGACAAGGAGAUCGCCAACCUGAAGAAGGAGCUGAAACGUAAGGAGAAGAAGGUGCGGGACUUGGUGGCGGAGCUGAAGGAGACGCUGGACAUGCUGAAGAAGGCCAAGUGGGAGGCGGAGACCAGUGGAGGCGAGGAUGGAGUGAAGGAGAUGGCCGAGGAGGAGAAUGAGCGCCUGUGGGCCGAGCUGGAGUCCAGGAAGAACGAGGUGUUGGCGCUGCAGGCGGAGCACAAGCUGUCCCUGGCAAAGGCCCACGACCGCCUCGCCCAGCUUCAGGAGCAACUUGAUGGAAAACUUAAGGAGCUGGAGAACCAGAAGGAAGUCCACACCAAGGAGAUAGAAGAGCGUGAGGCUGGCCUGCAGGAGAAAGCAGAGCAAGUGGCCAGACUAGAGGGCCAGCUCCAGGCCCUGCAGGGAGAUAUGAGCAGCAGGGAGGGCCAGCUGAAGACUAACCAGGAUGCCGUGGAUGGCCUGCACGAGGAGCUGGGCAGAGUGAAGGCAGAGCUUCAAGCAAAGAAAGCUGAGCUGCAGACUCUACAGGAGGAGCUGAAGAAGAAGAACGCCGACAUGCAGGACCUGGUGAACCGGGAACUGUGGGAGAGGAACCGCGAAGUGGAGCGCCUUCAGGACAAGCUGGCGUCCCUCACCGCCAGCACACGAGGCCAGCUGGACGUCAAGGAUGAGGAGCUGAUGAGGCUGAGGGCAAGGCUGGCCGAGGAAGGUGGCGCAGGGAAGGCCGCUGCCGGGAGUGUGGCCCAGGUGACCGUGGUGACCGGCUCCUGUGGCCCAGACAUGCUCACGAUGAACAGGCCACUGAACCUGAGCCUGACGGAGGACAGCAUUGCGGCGGUGCAGCUCCUGCAGCGGGAGGUGAAUCUGGUGCGGGAGGAGGCCAGAGCACUGAGGCUGGAGCGCAGUGACCUCAACAACAAGCUCUCCAGCCUCCAGCAGCUGCACGAAAAGGCCCGCCAGAUGCCAGCCACCACAGCCACAAAGGAGAGUGGGGAUAGAGUGUCAAGUGACAGCAAGGAAGAAAUAAAGAGCCAAGUGAAAGAGCAACAAAGCAAGUCUGUGUGUGACUUCCAGAGCCAGGUGGAGGUGCUGUGCGGGGAGCUGCAGGCCACCAAGAGGAGGAUCGGGCAGCAGAUGACUCAGGUGAACGUCUGUAAAUACAAGGAAGCUUUGCGUAGACACAAGCAGGAAAUUACCUCCCUCAGGAAGAGGCUGGCAGACUCCCACAAUGCCUGUGACCUGCUGAGGACCCGCCUGGAGGAGCUGGCAGACUUCUUGGAGCGCAUCCUGGAGUUGGAGGAGCAGGGACACAUCAGCCUGAGCCAGCUGUGCCCCAGCCAGCUGGCCUCCAUGCACAAGACACUCGAUGAGUCCCGGGCAUUGUCUCGCUCCCUCUCCAUGUCCCUCAUGAUUGGGGUGGACCUCACAGACCAGGCUGACCCCACCCUCCUCUCCCUUUCCACGUGGAGUCUUGCGGAUGACAACCUUUCCGAGACAUACGAGUGCCCCGGCCAGGAGUGUUAUGGGGAGGAAGUCCUGCAGGAGGAGGACACUUCAGUGCAAGGUGGAUGCCUGCAGAUGGAACUCAAGACCAAGGAGUUUGAGGCGUUGGCCCAGAAAAUGUCCUUCGUGAAUGAGAGGCUGGCAGAGAGCACCCAGCAGGUGAGGGAGCAGGCCAAGGUCAUCAGUGAGCUGCGGGCAGAGGUGACUCGUCUCAGAGACCAGGCCCAGCAGCAGCAGCAGCAACAGCACAGCGGCUCCUCUGCUGACUUAUCUGAGCCAUUGCCUCCACCUCCCCUCCACCUCCUGCAGGACAGUGAGGGACCCGUGGCCUCUGAGGCGGGCGAGGGCUGUGUUGCAUCAGAUCGCAGCAACCGCUGGGGAGCAAAGAGUGGCUCUUCCACCGACACAGCCAUCAAGGCCCACAGCUACCACCUUGGAUACCUGCAGCAGCAGCAGCAGCAGACCCUUCAGGAGCGCCGGCACACGGAGGGCAGCAGCAGGCUGGGGCCGGGGCAGGAGCAGGUGUGGGCCCCAGUGUCUCCCUCAGAAAGUGAAGCAUGGAGUGAGCCCGACAGGAAUGUCUCACUGGCCAGGAUAGGCCUGGACACCAGCAGCCUGGGCGGGGCCCCCGACCGCUCCACCUCACGGUCCCGCCAGCACCGCUCCGCAGCUGCCCUCACCUCAGAGUCUGAAGCAGAGGCUGCCCCCGAAGACCCCAUUCCAGCCCCCCUCCUCUCCCCUGCCUCAGCCAGCAAGGCCUCCAAGAGGCGGUCAGAUGUGGCUGAGCUGCGACGCGUCACCACCAAGCUGCGGGCGGUGGAGCAGCUCAACGACACACUGAGGGCCGAGCUCAACAUCUACCAGACCCUCAACCAGCAGCUGCUGCCCCCGUCCCCGGCGCCGCGCCCCGCCACCAGCGACAAGAGUGUGGAGACGCACAAGGGGGAGACAGCUGAUGCAGCUGUUGGAGCAGAGGAGGCCAGCCCAGCCCCGGCCCCAGCCCCAGCCCCUGCCCCAGGAGUGCUGACUAUCCCUACCUCCUUGCUGGAGGAGAUCAGGGGUCUGCGAGGGAAGCUGGAGGAGGCCAUCACCAACAAUGACCAGCUGCGGGACCAGCUGGAGGCCGCCCUCACUGCCCACCCCCAGGAUGAGGCCAGGUUCCUGCACCUCACCGUUGCCAUACAGACUGCCCAGGAGGAGCAGCGAGAGGCCAGGGAGAAACUUCAAGCUUCCCAGACAGCCAUGAAGGAACAGGAAGAAAAAUGUCAGCAGUUGAGUCAUAAGUUACAGCAGAGUGAGGCUCAGCUAGCACAGCAGCAACAACAACUAGAAGCUGCACACCAGCAGACCUCAGCAGCCCAACAAGAAGCCUCCCAGGCUCUGCAGGGUAAGGAGGUGGCCCUGAAGGAGCAGGCCGCCCAGCUGACUGAAAGAGAGGAGGAAGUGAAGCAGCUGCAGGGCCAAGUUACCCAGCUGCAGGAGCAAGUUACUACAGUUGGAAAGUUGCAGGAGAAACUCCAGAGGCAAGAAACACGGCUGCUGGAGGUGAACAAGGAGAGGAUGUCCCUGGUGGGGGAGCGAGCCAGACUGCAGGCCCAGCUUGCCUCGGCCUCCACCCAGGCCCGUCUCCAGGAGUCCCACACGUCCGUUCUUCAGCAGCUGGAGGCUGAGCGAUCCACAGUCGCCACCCUUCAGAAAGAGCGCGAAUACCUGGUGUCCGAGAAGGAGCGGCUGGAGAAGGGGACAGAGGUGCUGCGGGAAGAAGUGGCCAACCUGCAGGCCAAGAUUACCUACCUGAGGGCGCGCCACAGCCACGGCCCAGCUGCAGGACCACAACAGCCACAGCUGCAGCAGGCCCUCCCUCAGCAACAACACAAUAAUGAAUACCACAAGAACAGCAGCUGUGUGACGGAAAAGUUGACAACCCCAGAGGACACGGAGCAGUGUGUGGAGCAGCAGGCAAUGCUGAUGAGGCAGCUGACGGCACAACUGGAGGCUGAGAGGCAGCUGACCGCCAACCUGCAGCUGCAGCUGAAGACCCUGAGGAACACUGCCUCUGCCUGCCCACCCACCACCACCGCCAUCACCACCACCGCUGCAUCCCCCACACACUGCCACGACUCCGUGGUGGAGGCCAUCAGUUCACCUGAGAGUGUCACCAGCAUUGAGUACUACCCCCAACCCCUGCCAGACCCCAGCAUGCUGUGGCGGCGGCACAGCCCCGGCCCUGCGGCAACACACUCACAGCGGGAGCGCCGGUCCACCAGCAGUGGACGGCGGCGGGAGAGAGACUCCUCGGGCCGCCGGGUGUCCUCACACUGGUCAGAGAACAAGGAGAACAUCUACAUGUCCUCCACCCUCCCCACCACCACCACCACCACCACCACCAGCUCCACCACCAAGAGGAGUCGCCUGUCCCACACCCCCCUCCACCACUCCGAGGAAGAGGACAUUGACGGAGGCACCACCUCGGGCGAGUCACCUGACCUGGGCAUCGGGUCAGACCACCACUUCUCCAGCCUGGAGCGUGGCACCACUGCGCACCACCACCGCGACCACCACACCGCCGCCCCCAUCACACGCAUCAUCCCUGUUUCACCACCACCACCCACCCCGCUGUGCUCAGAACCCACCCCCACCAACCUCCGGGGCCUCAGCAGUCACAGUGCACUGACGGUGGAGAACCAACAGCUUCGAGAGGAGAGCGAGAACCUCAAGGUGCACCUCGCCUCAACCAAGGAAACCCUCAAGGAGGCGCUCGACAAACUGUGUCGUGCCAACCAGCGGAAGGAAAACGUGGAGCGCGCCAUCUGCAAGCAGCUGCACAAGACCCAUGAUGUCCUGAAGAAGGCCAAGUCCCACCUGAAGCAGGUCAACACCCUGCCCCAGUAGCAUGACCCAGACCCAACAACUGACAUUGACUUUACAGACUUGAGGAGGCCGACACCCAGUGCCUCGGCCCCUCACCAGGAGUGACCUCUACUAGUGCCAAAAUCAUAAUGUGGACAUGAUCAAAACCUUACUUCGACAAUCCUCUGUAACCAUCAAUGGGGAACACGGACAGUACAAGGGCCCAGGGAAUAUUGGUGUUAACAAUGCCAUAGGGCCAAACAAAACACUGUGUCUCCCUCACACUGGUGAGCCUUGAAUGGACUCCCAGUGUGACUAUUCGCCAAUCAUUCAAUCAGACGUCUUUAGUGUAUUGUACUAAAUCUCAUGUGAUAACUGUUACCAAGAACCUCAUGGCUCUCGGCCGCCUCGUGGUGGACACAGGCAGGGCGGAGCACCAGCAAUAUUUUUAGUGGUUCCCGUGGGUAAAAGUCACUCACGAUGAACAAUCUCUCGUAGGUCCUCUUCUGUGAUUGCACCAGCUCAUAUCAGGUUUUUGUUUCUCCUUAAGGGUUAUCUUUACUGGGAUAAGGGUGUCACGUUUCGUUGCCAUCGGCCGAGUGUUGACUGUGCUGCCAUUUCCUGUAGACAUUCCAGUGACGUCUUGUGUGGCACCCUAUCGCCACUCUGACCCCUUCCUCCCCUCUGUAUCCUUGAUGCCGUCCGCCUCUCUUGGGAAGAGCUGUAAGAGUCCUGCGCAUUGGGAGGUCGAGAGAAUUUUGGUUGCCGUCCAGUCGGUUGUUUCGGUUGAUUAGGGUGUGCUUGUGACGCCCGCGCCCUUCCUGGUGCUGCCGGUCGGGACUGGGCCAAGCCUCAGUCUUCUGUUUGUGACCAGUAAGAAGAGGCUCGUGGGAUGACCCCUGCUCCCCCGCACGCUACCAAGGGUCCCCACUGAGCAAGAGCCCUUGAUGGUCCCUCCGUCACAAGAUCCUUAAGCAACACUGAUUCUCCUCCCUCCGGUCUGUACUACUACUACCUUCUGUCCUACUUCGCCCCCCACCUCUCCCCUUACCUAAUCGCUGUAGCAUCUUUCCUGUUACUGCUCACGCUUCAUAGAGCUGACAAUACUUCAGUUGUUGUGAAAUGUCAAAGUUUGUAGCGUCCAGUUCAUGACUUUCUCAAUGCUUGUCGUAAGUGCAACUCGUUUUCAGCAAAUGCAAAAAAGAAAAAAAAUCAAAGAAAAAGUUUAGUUGAUGUUACUUUCUUGAUACUGAAUGUAGUGGGUAAGAUGCUAGCAGCAGGACAGUCAACACUCAUCAUAGCAUUAUAAGAGACCUUUGUUUUGGCCAGAAGCUUAAUGUAUAAGGAAGAAGAUUGGUUGCUUCAGUGAUUGAUCUGUAUAUUUCAGUGCAUCAGCCACACUCCUGUAAAAUAAUCCAACUUGUACAGUGUCAUUGAGAGUGUAUAUAUUUUAUACAAAUGUGGCUGUCUUCCAGAACUCUGAGUGCGUACAAAGUAAGAUAAAGGGGUGUUUAUGGAGCCACGCGUGAGGCUGUGUCAGUGGAUCCAGAUAAAGGUGCACAGUCAAGAGA